GUGCCUCGAUCGGUCGAUAUGUCGCACACGUCGGCCAUAUCUCUCUCUAGUGGGGCGAACAGGUGUACGGGUUAACCAACGCUGCACGCGCGCACGGGUUUCGUCGAAGGACAAGUUUAAUCCGCGAGAAGGAAAAAAAAAUGGCCCGAAUCGUCGCCGUGAAGGAAUACCUCGAGAAAACGUUGAGGGACGAGAGCAAGCCGUGGACGAAGUUGUUCGUCCACGCGGAGGAGAAGACCGGCGUUGAUCGCCUGUACAUUUUUGUCGGAUCAUUGAUACUCCUGGCUGUAUACUUGGUAUUUGGAUUAGGACAACAGCUAGUAUGUAAUAUAGUCGGUUUUGUUUAUCCUGCAUACCAAUCUAUGAAAGCGUUGGAAAGCCCCAAGAAAGAGGACGACACGAAAUGGCUCACUUAUUGGGUGGUCUUUGCUGUAUUUACCAUCGUAGAAUUCUUUUCCGAGUAUAUCGUCUGCUGGUUCCCAGUCUAUUGGCUAUUCAAGUGUAUAUUCUAUGUAUGGUUGAUGGCGCCAAUCGCUGAGUACAAUGGUUCCUUGAUUCUAUAUCGCCGUAUCAUCCGUCCAAAGUUCAUUCAGUAUCAGCCUGGAUUAGACAGACUUUUGUCCAAUGCACGUGACACAGUAGUCAAGAGUGCAGCGGAAGCGUUGACCACCAAGCAAGAAUAAAGCUGUAAAUCAAACAAAUAGAAAGUCCAUUUGUGUCUUUCCCCUUUUUACUCAUUCCUAGCAAAGAGAGAGCGUGAAUUUUGUGCUUUACCGAAUAUUAUCGAGUUGUUACAUUAACGACUACAAGAAUGAAGAAAAAUGCCAAACAGAUAGAAAUUUUGAUUAUCCUAGGUACAAUAAGCAACUGUCAAGUGAAUCAGGGAAAACCAAAGUUGUCCAAAAUUGUGAAUAGAUAGUAAAUACGGAAGGAUAUGCACGAAUAAAAAAAAGCCUCCCUCUGAAAAUAAACCAUUUACAGUAUAAUAGCCUGUUUUCAAAAGUAAUGUGAUUAAAAAGAGGUUUCAACAUGGAAAGAUUUUAGCAUAGGUGUUUUAUUUUCAGAUAAGCUCGGUUUAUCAUUUAUAGUGAUUUCGAGCCAAUUGAAAAUAAAACUUGGAGUGUUUUUGUAUAAUAGGAUAGGUCUGGUCCACAUAUUUUUGCCAUUUCCAUAAUCAAUGAUGAUAUAUACGUGUGUUAAAAUACUUUACUUUUAGAGGAAAGUUUCACCAACAUCAAACUGAUGAUCUGAUUUAUUUGUCUUUAUUAUUAUUAUUAUUUUUUUUUU